CGGGGUGAGGAUCCGACCCCGUCUGAACCGAUGAGCGGGGGAAGAAACGACAGAGAGAUGCGGAGCUUUUCAGGAGCAGAAACAACCAGACGACCUGUGAGGCACCACAUGCCUCCCUCUCUCUGACUGAAGAGAUUUUCAUACAACAUUUCAGCAGCUGUUUGAUUUGUGGUGCUGUUGUAGCGCAUUUCACCCUGUACCUCAGCGAGACCCUGAAGCUCCCUGAAGUGAUUGAACAUGACAGGUCAGACUGUGGGAGCCAUCAUCCAGGACCUGUCAGUGCCCUCACUGCGGGUUGUGGAGGGUCUGGAGUCCAGACCUCUAGGUGGGACUGGGUCCUUCACUGACGAGGCUGUGUCCAUCCUGACCUCUACAAGCCAGCUGGCUCGAACCCUCCUGGGUCGCACCUUUGCCCUCAAACACAAAGAGAGCCUUGCCAACACUGAAAAUAAGGCUGGUAGCAGCUGCGAUGAAGACAGCAGCAACAGUGUGCGCCGCAAACGGGAGUUCAUCCCCAACGAGAAGAAAGAUGAAGGUUACUGGGACAAGAGGAAAAAAAACAACGAGGCAGCCAAGCGGUCCAGAGAGAAGCGGCGAGCCAAUGACAUGGUGCUGGAGAGGCGGGUGCUGGGUCUGCUGGAGGAAAAUGCUCGCCUGAGGGCCGAGCUGUUGGCCCUCAAGUUUCGCUUUGGUCUGGUUAAGGACCCAUCUGAUGUGACCAUCCUGCCUCUCACGUCACCCGUCUGUGCUCACCCACCACCCAGUGCAACACAUUACUACCAGCCUCACACUGAUGGACCCUCGUACCUCAACACACAACAAAAUGCCAGCACCCACCACACCCACCCUCACCCUCCACAGCAGCCUGCCAGCUAUGGACCAAGGGGAGCUGGGCCUCAGUCAAGUCAUAGUGUAUCCGAGGAGUCCGGCGUUUCAACCUCAUGUAGCUCAAAUAUGGGCAGCCCUGUGUUUUUUGACGACACACUGAGUGAACGUGGUGGGCCUUCUCCGAGGGAGCUGGUGGAAGAGCAGCAGGGCUACGAGUCCCAUGUAUGUCCCCUUGAGGUCAAUGAGGGUCAGUAUGUAAACAAACAAGAUUUGCCUGAGGGUUUGAGGAGUCUCCCGCACAAGCUUCGCUUCAAAGGUCCCAGUGGUAGCAAUGACGGCGGGGAGAUGUCCCCUUCCUCUGACAACAGACACAGUGGACCACCUGUGGCCACAGUGGGGCCAAACAUCCAGGUGAGGACCCACCAACAGGCAGGGUGGGACAGCUGGGCAGAGAAUCAAGCUCCUUGGUCCAGGGAGGAGGCCUGCGGUGGACAGCAGUAUCAGGGUCCAUCCCCUGGAUGUUACAACUCCUCUCUGCAGAACCCCAGGGACACCAAGUAUAUGACAGAGGACAUCAGUCUGAAGUCACAGAUCAGCUGUUUGUCUCAGGAAGUGGCUCAGCUCAAAAGGCUCUUCUCUCAGCAGCUGCUCUCCAAGAUUGCUUAAAACCCGAACAAAGGGUCAGAUCCAGACUAAAGCUGAUGAGACAGAUCUCUCCUCACCUCUUUCCAUAAAAUCGAUCUCUCAGACUGCCCAUUUCCACUGUGCAGAGUGGCACUGAUCGUAACAGCCACCUCUACAGUGACAAACUUUAUUUACCACACCUGUUUCACUGGAAAAGAUUAGUUUAGUGAUCAGUUUUUUUCUGUGAUGGUCAGCACACCACUACCAGCAAAGACAUUUAAAAUGCUCAAUGACUGAAAAAAGGUGAUUCAUGUUUGAGUUGUCAUGUCCUUGGAUCACGUGUGAUCUCCAGCGUCUUUCAAAACGCUUGACAGAGUGCAGACACCAGAGGAACGUGUUAGAUACUAAGCAUGCACAGUUAUAAUUAGUAACACCUCAGUCUCACUAUGUUCAACACAAACGUGAACAUUAACACAUCUGUCCACAUGUCUCUGCUUUGAGACAGGGUACAUUUGUUAAACCUCUCAGCACAAGAAAUGUUGCGUACAACGUUAUCUUGUAUCAAACGUGUGUUAAUGUGAUUAGUGUACUGUGGUUUUAUUUUGUUCACUAUAUCUGUUUCUGGUUUAUCUUAGCACAGGAAGGUACAUAGAAAUCACUGUCAUCAUCACUGUUUGGAAUUGUAACUGACGUGAGCUGUAUUUGAAAAUAAAAGUAUAUUUUAUCCAA